UUUGAGCUCGGCCAUUACUUAAGCGGAAGUGCCUCGCAUGCUUGGAUAUAAUAACAUAUCUUCAAGUCUGUUGGGUUUUUUCGAUCGGAAAAAAGAAUUGGUCUUGAAUCUUCACCAUGCCAAAUCUGGAUGGGAGACUGUCCUCAGCAGCUGUAGUUUAUAUCGUUGUAGUGUUAAUUCUUCAACAGUUUGAAGAUCUUUUGAACACACUACAGCAGCACAUUCGCCACGUCCUUCACCAGGCUCUUCAUCAGCUGGGACAGGCCAGCCACACAGAUGAAGAGGUUCAUCUGGGUAGUUCUCGGAUGGUCCCGCAGCAGUGCACGGACCUGGAUGUGACAACACCACUCGUGGAUAGACUCAUGUGGCAGGAGUAUCCCGACCUGUUGAGAAGAACGCAUAGCCAGAUGCAGAGUCCUUGGCGCAGUCUACAACAACAGCAUGGGUGUACUCCAAGGUCACGCCAUCAGUUGGCCUCGGCACAAGACAUGGCCACACAGACAGCUCCGGACCAGUUCGGCACCAUUGCAGAGGAAGUGCCAGCUGUCCAGACCACCUGCCCUAAAGCUGUUUCUUCGCAGACUGCAGCUGCAACAGCUGCAACAGCUACAACUGCAGCUUCCGGAAUUGCUGAAGGAUCUGAUGAACAAACCCCGCAGACAAUGGGACAAGACUCUGGAUACAGCAGCAAUGGGAUGCAGAGUCAAGAUGGAGAUCACUCGGCUGAACCGCUCCGAAGGCGCCCUGGUGACAGAAUUCAAGCAGUCCCCAAGAACAGAGCUGAUAACAACCCCGCCCACAACAAUGAUGGCAGCGCCCCCGCCCACAGCUCUGAUGAAGACGGGGCAGAUGACGAAAAUGAGGAGCAUGGAUAACGCUGGUUAUCCGUUAGAAACAUUAAAUGGGCUGGAGGACGUGAGCCGUUGUCCACAGGGGUGUGGAAAAUAGUAAAUGCUAAAUACAGCUCUGAUACAGUGUAAACAAUCCCAGUGUGACUCAAUCUCAUUAAAAUCAGAUCUUAGUUCUCGCUACAGCUAAACAAAGAUCUGAGGACAUCCCAUUACGGGUCACGUCAGACCGAUCUUGUGCGAACU